AUGAAUUCCUCUCUUUCUUUAUCUGAAUUUGUUCUGGACUGCACCCUGAAUUCCAGCCAGCAAACCUUCACAAUUGCGAUCCUUGGUUUAAUUUAUAUGGUAACCCUAUCUGGAAACCUCCUGGUGGUUCUGGUGAUUAUAAUGAACCAAAAACUACAAACACCAAUGUUCAUUUCCAUUGGGACCCUGGCAGUGAUAGACCUGGUUACCAGUACCAAUCUUAUCCCUAAAAUGAUGACGCUGCUCUUAACAAACUUUUCUACUGUACCUUAUAAUUUUUGUUUGCUGCAGAUGUACAUCAUCUUGCAUUUGGAGGUUUUAGAAACCCUUCUGUUGGCCUUGAUGGCAGUGGACCGCUACAUUGCAGUGGUGCAUCCACUUAGAUACCCUUCUCUAGUUUCAAACAAAGUCAUUUGGGUUGUGGUCUUACUGUUCAAUGCUGUUGGUAUCAUGUUCAUUACCCCGUUUGUCAUGUUUGCUAAAGAGCUUCGUUUUUGUCACACUAAUGUCUUGCCAUAUUGCUUUUGUGACUACUCCACGAUGGUCCGAGUGGCUUGCAAUGAAGAUCCCAAGUAUUUAAUUCUUAUAUCCACAGUGGCCGCCAUCCUUGGUGGAGUUCCAUUGAUUCUCAUCCUGUUCUCCUAUGGCAGGAUUGCUCAGGUGGCCCUCCGAAUUUCUUCUACCGAUGGCAAAAGGAAAGUUUUCAGCACUUGUCUCACUCACCUGCUGGUUGUGGAGCUUUUUUACAUUCCUUUACUGACCUCGUACAUAUUCCCCGGGGCAGGAGUACAACUGUCUGACGAGGCCUACAAUACCAUGGUCAUUGUGGGAAAUAUCGUCCCACCUAUGAUGAAUCCCUUAAUCUACAGCUUCAGGAACAAGGAGAUAAAGAAUAGCAUUUACAGGCUUUUUACAGGAACGAGAACUUCACCUGAUAUGGAUAAACAUUAG